AUGCAAUAUGGACCUCAACAGCUCUCACCCCAGGAGACCCAGAGAUUUUUGGUAGCUGUCCUGUGUCUCUGUGCAGUCAAGGUCAUUGGCGGGUUGGGGAGACGUACUACAGUGCCACAGCCAUCUGCACAAUUACACAGAAAGGACAGCAGAGCAGGGCGGAUUUGGGCUCAGGAGUGGCUGACACGGCGACAACUACAUGGAGACUACGACCAGCUACUACAAGAACUGAACAAGGAGGACCGCAAAGGACACAAGAACUUUCUACGCAUCUACCCUGAAUUGUUCGAGGAGAUGGUCGAAAGGCUAACGCCCCUUUCGAAGAAGGACACAAAAAUGCGGCUUGCACAAGUGGUGGGACUCAAGUUGGCGGUCACUCUCCGCCACCUGGCAAGUGAGAACGACUAUACAAGCCUCCAAUACACCUUCAGAGUCUCCAAGAGUUCCAUAUGCCGGUUUAUCCCAUUAGUCUGCCAAGCCAUUAUCGACACAUACAAACCAGAAGUGAUGAAGUGCUCAAAGACACCAGAAGAAUGGAAUGACGUAGGAAAACGAUUCUCCUCAAAGUGGAACUACUUUAAUUGUGUGGGAGCCCUGGAUGGGAAGCAUGUCGCGAUCAAGAAAUCCAAAGGUGGAGGAUCACUGUACUUCAAUUACAAGAAGUUCCACAGCAUCAUCCUCAUGGCUCUCUCUAAUGCAAAGUACAGGUUCCUGUUCGUCGACGUCAGUGCAGAUGGAGGUGCUGGGGAUGGAGAAACCUGGCAGAAGUGCAACCUGGCCAGGGCCACCACAAACAACCGAGCAGGACUCCCACAAGACAGAAAUCUGCCCAACGAUGACGAACCCAUCCCCUUCCACAUUGCCUUUGCCUUUGCUCUCAAUUUGUGGAUGAUGAAGCCCUACUCCCAGCAAUCACAAGAUCCCACCGAACGACUAUACAGCUACAGAUUAUCUCGCACUUGUCGUGUGGUGGAAAACGCAUUCGGCCUGCUGCAGAUGAGAUGGCGAGUCUUCGGGACGACGAUGCAAUAG